ACCUUCAUCGAGGUAUUCGAGUGAUUAUCCGGAAGAUCGGCCUGGGCCCUGGACUCGAGUGAAAAAGAAAAGAAAAAAGAAAGUUGACAAGGAAUGGCAUCCUUAGACGAAACAGAUAAAGAACGAAGAAAACAGAUAAGUGUUCGUGGCAUCGCACAGGUUGAAGAUGUCACUACUUUUAAGAAAUCAUUUAAUCGGCAUCUACAUUACUCGUUAGUUAAGGACCGGAACGUAGCCACUUCCAGAGAUUUUUUCAUAGCCCUCGCACAUACGGUGCGUGACCAUUUAGUGGGAAGGUGGAUAAGAACACAGCAGCAUUACUAUGAAAAGGACCCGAAGCGUAUUUAUUAUUUGUCACUGGAGUACUACAUUGGACGAACCCUGACCAACACUAUGGUUAACCUUGGUAUACAGAGCGAAUGUGAUGAAGCAAUGUAUCAGCUUGGUCUCAACAUUGAGGAGCUAGAGGAGAUAGAAGAGGAUGCUGGCCUUGGUAAUGGUGGUCUCGGCAGAUUGGCAGCGUGUUUUCUUGACUCCAUGGCUACACUCGGUCUUGCUGCCUAUGGUUAUGGCAUCCGCUACGAUUACGGAAUCUUCAGUCAGAAAAUCAAGGAUGGACAACAGGUUGAGGAGCCUGACGAUUGGCUGCGGUACGGCAACCCUUGGGAAAAGGCUCGUCCAGAGUACAUGAUUCCUAUCAAUUUCUACGGGAAAACCGAACAUAAGGAUGGGAAGUCAAAAUGGGUUGACACUAAGGUGGUGUUUGCGAUGCCUUAUGACAGUCCGACUCCUGGUUACCAUAACAACACCGUAAACACAAUGCGGCUUUGGUCUGCCAAGUCUCCAAACAGUUUCAAUCUUAGUUUCUUCAAUGACGGAGACUACAUCCAAGCUGUAUGUGAUCGCAACAUUGCGGAAAACAUAUCUCGCGUUCUCUAUCCAAAUGACAAUUUUUUCGAAGGCAAAGAACUGAGACUUAAGCAAGAGUACUUCAUGGUGGCCGCAACUCUGCAAGACAUCAUUCGUAGAUUCAAAUCAUCUCGUUUCGGAUGUCGUGACCCUGUCCGCACAAGUUUUGAUACCUUCCCCGACAAGGUUGCUAUUCAGCUGAAUGAUACACAUCCAGCUUUGGCAAUUCCGGAGUUAAUGCGAAUAUUUGUAGAUAUUGAAGAAAUUCCAUGGGAAAAGGCCUGGGAUCUGACAGUGAGGUCCUGUGCUUACACCAACCACACAAUCUUGCCGGAGGCGCUGGAGCGAUGGCCUGUCCACAUGAUGGAGCACGUUCUGCCAAGGCAUCUUCAGAUUAUCUACGAGAUCAACUCAAGACACUUAGAAAAUGUAUCCAAGGUGUUUGCAGGUGAUGCAGAUCGAAUUCGCCGAAUGUCGAUCAUUGAGGAAUCUCCCACAAAGUGCAUCAACAUGGCCCAUCUAUCCAUCGUUGGAUCACACGCCAUUAAUGGCGUUGCUGAAAUCCACUCUGGAAUCAUCAAGACAGAAGUGUUCAAAGAUUUUUAUGAUUUGACUCCUGAAAAAUUUCAGAACAAGACAAAUGGCAUCACCCCAAGACGAUGGCUGCUACUGUGUAACCCUGGACUCUCUGACAUCAUUGCUGAGAAAAUUGGUGAUGAAUGGACAACAGAUCUCUACCGUCUACGAGAACUUGAAAGCUAUGUUGAUAAUGAAGAAUUUUGCAGAAAUGUUCGCAAAGUGAAACAAGAAAAUAAGAUGAAACUUGCGGAGUACCUAGGAAAACAGAAUGGCGUGAAGAUCAACGUAGACUCAAUGUUUGACGUUCAAGUGAAGAGAAUUCACGAAUACAAGCGACAGCUUAUGAACGCUCUACACAUGAUUGUCCUCUACAAUCGUAUUAAGAGCAACCCCAGUGGAAAUUUUGUUGCCCGGACCAUCAUGAUUGGGGGAAAAGCAGCCCCGGGCUACCACAUGGCAAAGCAGAUCAUUUAUCUCAUCAACUGCAUCGCUCGUGUUGUCAACAACGACCCCAUUAUUGGAGACAAGUUGAAGAUUAUCUUCCUGGAGAAUUACCGAGUCUCAUUAGCAGAGAAAGUUAUACCAGCUGCAGAUCUUUCAGAACAAAUAUCACUAGCAGGUACUGAGGCUUCUGGAACAGGAAACAUGAAAUUCAUGCUUAAUGGAGCUCUGACAAUUGGAACCUUGGAUGGAGCUAAUGUUGAGAUGCGGGAGGAGAUGGGAGCAGACAACAUCUUCAUCUUUGGUAUGACUGUCAAAGAUGUUGAAGAAAGACGUCCUGGAUAUCGGUCAAUAGACUAUUACAAUAAGAAUGAAGAAUUGAAGUUGGCCAUUGACCAGAUAAGAGAUGGUUACUUCUCAGCACAUGAACCGGAAGCUUUCAAAGACAUUGUCAAUGUGUUACUGCAUCAUGACAGGUUCAUGCUCCUAGCUGACUUUGAUGAUUACGUCAAGUGUCAGGAGAGGGUCAGCAAACUUUACCAGGACCCAGUUGAGUGGACCAGAAAGUGCGUCAAGAACAUCGCAGCUUCCGGAAAAUUCUCCAGUGAUCGCACAAUCACCGACUACGCAAGGGAUAUCUGGGGUGUAGAACCUCAGAACCUGAAGCUACCAGCCCCUCAUGUACCCCGCGAUAAGGAUACGAACGCCGACUUGACAAGCUAUUAAAAUCAAAUUCCAGAGGCUAAUUGAUUAGUCUUAGAGUAUAUCAAAAAAGGUGCAUUAAAUUAAUGAUACAAUAAUAUGAAAUGUAGUUUAAUUCCAAAUUUCAGUGCAAAAUUAUGUAGUUUAAUACUACAUAAGCAAAUAUGUAUUUUUUAUGCAUAAAUCAAGUAGAAAAUGUAGAAAUAUGAACAAAAUAUGAUUUUGAAAUUGAAACUGUUUUCUUAAUAUGAUUUAUGAAUUGCAGGGAUUAUGUGGAAAAAUGUUACUUCAUCCAGAAGUCAUGUUAAGGUGUAUAUUCUUUAGGCAAUAUAUACUAGGAGUAGAAGGGUGUAAGAACCACACAUGGUCAAAGUGCGGUAUUGGGCCUCAUGUGGCGCAACAGAAUUUUUUUUUUUGCAGCUAGUGACAACUAUUUGCAGCCAAUCUACCAUCUUUGGCUAGAAAACACAUUGUUUUUAAAGCACAACGACGAUCAUCUGUGAAAAGUAAUAUUAAAACUGCGCAUAAAGCAGUAUAAAGUUUUUUCUGGAAGUGUAGAAGUUUGGGUGCGGCCCUUUGUCUAAUUGAAUAAAAAAUUCAAUUUGGUCAUGCCACCCAUUUCUAUUUAUAUGACCACUUCUGAUAUUAAACAUUCAUUCUUAUCUAUAAUUUGGUAGAAUGAGUAGCUAGCUAAGCAGCUUAUACUUUCAUGGGGUAAAACUGAAGGAUAUCGAAUAGAUGAUAGUGUUUUAACUUAUGCACUAAUUUUCAUGAUUAUGAGGCAACAAAAACAUCUUAUAUUUUAAUUUUAUAUCAACUAAAUUGUAUGAUUCUUUAAAGAUGGUAUACUGUGCAAUACCACCAAUAUUUAUACAUCAACUCAUUAAAAACAGUACAAAUAAUUAAUUUUAUUGUUAAAUGGAUGAAUUGAAGUGUAAACCAGCUACUUUGAGGAUGUAUCAGGGUUGUUAUGUUAAAAUUCUUUUGAAGUGUUAAAUUGUGUUCCAUCUAUUUUAUAAUUCUCUAGUGCACCUUCAAUCUCGAUGUUGUGUCAACGUGAGGCGCUAUAUAAAUCCAGAAUUAUUAUUAAUUAUUAUUAUAUUUAUAUUACAUAAAAUAUUUUGGAUGUUCCGUAAAAUUAUAAAUAGUAUAUUCAUAUCUAAGGUUGUCUCAGAUUUAUGUUGAGCGAAUUCUUUUGAAGUGUUAAAUUGUGUUCCAUCUAUUUUAUAUUUCUCUAGUGCACCUUCAAUCUCGAUGUUGUGUCAACGUAUGUUGGGCAAGUCAUUAAUUCACACCGAAUUCAAAUUUUCGUAUCGUAAGGCCUUGUGAACUAAAUCAAUGUGUAAGAAUAAGGACAUUAGAAACUAGGUCGGAAUUUUGGUUUAGAUUACAUAACACAAGUUAACAUGGCCUCUAGAAACUUUAUAUUACCAUAAAAUUUAUUGUUUGAGGGUGACCCUUGCAGCCCUUAUUCAGGUAAUAUUUAAAACAUUAAUGUUAUAUAAACCAGUCUCACGAAGCUUAGCGAGUGAAGUUGUUUCUAUUUAAUCCUGAGAAAAAAUCCAACCAGGAGCCUAAAGCUUGGUGGUUAAAGAUGGUUAUCUUAAAUAUCAAGUUACAGCUCCACUCCAUCAACAUUGCAGGAUUUGAACCCAGGAUCCUAGGAUUUUAGGGCCAGCAUUUAAACCACCACACUUCAGCUCCACCACCCAUAGUGUAUAUCACAAUAUAUGACAAUCGUUACAAAUAAAACAAAAAUAUGAAACUGAAAACAGUUUUAAAACUGUCUGCUGAACAUCACUAAUAGAACUUUUAUUUUGUAUAGUGCUGUCAUCUUACAACUUUAGGUGCGGUCAAGCAAUUGUGGGUGACUCAACCUUUAUUCAAAUUUUCUUUAAGUAAUAAGUAUUAGCUUAUGUGGGUAUGUUAACAAUAUAAUAACUAUAUAAAUCUGGGAUUAAACAUUUUGUUUAAUUCAAAAAUAUUAAUGAGUGGUUAAAUUGAAUUCUGUUACUGCUUGUGAUUUACCCUAAUUAAUUCAAUAGAUACAUUAACAAGUUGUGGAAGGUUUUUAAAGGCAAUAUCCAGUGAUUGGCACAGUGUCGCACUGAUUAUUCAUGUAUUAAUUUUGUAAGUGGUAGUUUUCCUGAAAUGUAUGUAUAAAAUACAAUCUAACCCAUA